GGGGUCGCCGUGCCCCUUCGUUUGUAGCGCAGAGCUAGUUCGCGCCUGCACGAAACCCGCAAGCAGCAGCGGGCAGCAUCAGUGCGGGCAGCACAGCAACGCGCGAAAAUGAAGCUUAUCGAUAAGAUCAACCAGAAGCUGAAGGAGGGGAAGACUUUCUUCUCCUUCGAGUUCUUCCCGCCCCGCACGGAGGAGGGUGUUGAGAACCUUUUCGAGCGCCUGGAUCGCAUGGUCGCGUAUGCCCCCAUCUUCUGUGACAUCACCUGGGGUGCUGGAGGCUCUACUGCUGAUGUCACGCUGGACAUCGCUACGCGCAUGCAAAACCAGGUGUGCGUCGAGACCAUGAUGCACCUGACGUGCACCAACAUGCCUGUGGAGAAGCUGGAAAGCGCGCUCAAGGAGGUGAAGAAGGUGGGCGUUCAGAACAUCCUGGCUCUGCGCGGCGACCCGCCCAAGGGCCAGGAGAAGUUCGAGGUGGUGGAGGGCGGCUUCAGCUGCGCGCUGGACCUGGUCAAGUACAUCAGGAAGGAGUUUGGUGACUUCUUCGGCAUUUGCGUGGCGGGCUACCCGGAGGCGCACCCCGACGGUAUCGUGGAGGACCCGCAGCAGAUGGAGAAGAACUACUGGGCAGACAUCGCCUACCUCAAGCAGAAGGUGGAUGCGGGCGGUGAGCUGAUCAUCACGCAGCUCUUCUACGAUGUGGAGCGCUUCGUGCAGUUCGUGGCGGACUGCAGGUCUGUGGGCAUCACGGUUCCCAUCCUGCCCGGCAUCAUGCCCAUCAUGACGUACGGCGGCUUCAAGCGCAUGACGGGAUUCUGCAAGACCAAGGUUCCCGCCGAGAUCUCCGACGCGCUGGAGGCGAUCAAGGACAACGAUGAGGCGGUCAAGAACUUCGGUAUCGACCUGGGUGUUCGCAUGUGCCGGCGGCUGCUGGAGGUGGGCACUCCGGGGGUGCACAUGUACACACUCAACCUGGAGAAGAGCGCGGUGGCCAUCCUGGAGCGGGUGGGGCUGAUCGACACGUCCAGGGUGCCCAGGCCCCUCCCCUGGCGCCACAUCCCCUCCGGCACCUCCCGCGUGGUGGAGGCGGUGCGACCCGUCUUCUGGAGCAACCGGCCCAAGGCCUACCUCAAGCGCACGCAGGAGUGGACCUCCUACCCCGCCGGCAGCUGGGCCACCAACGGCAGGCGCGGCGGCGCCCCCGCAGCUGCCUCCUCGGGGGGUGCGGUGUACGGCAGCCUGUCUGAGCAGCCGUACAUGAGCCGCCACAGCUGCUCGGAGGCGCGCAGGGAGAAGGCGCGGGCGGCCUGGGGCGCGGAGCUGGGCGGCGUGGAGGACGUGAAGGCGGUGUUCAAGAAGUACGCUCAGGGCGAGGUGUCGCUGUUCCCCUGGGCGGAGGGCGAGGCGGGGCUGCCGGCGGAGUGCGCCCCGCUGCGGGAGCAGCUGGCGCAGCUGGCAGCAGCGGGCUACCUGGUCAUUAACUGCCAGCCGGGGGUAAACGGAGCACCCAGCACCCACCCCACAUCCGGCUGGGGGGCGCCCGGCGGCUAUGUGUACGGCCGGCCCUACCUGGAGUUCUUCUGCUCGCCUGAGGCCUGGGAGGCCCUCCGGCCAAGGCUGGAUGCCGUACCCUCCGUGUCGUACAUUGCCAGUACGGCAGCGGGCAGCCCAGCGGGCAACAUGGGGGCGGAUGACGUCAUCGGCCUCACGUGGGGCGUCUUCCCGGGCAAGGAGGUGGUUCAGCCCACGGUGCUCUGCGCCGCCAGCUUCCCCGUGUGGAAGGAGGAGGCGUUCGGGCUGUGGGCGAGCGAGUGGGGGGCGCUGUACGGCGCCGACUCGGCCUCUCGCUCGCUGCUGGCCGGGCUGGCGGGCAGCUGGGUGCUGGUGGCGGCGGUGCAGAACGACUACGUGGCGGGGGCGGACCUGGCGGGGGUGGUGCUGGGGCAGUAGGCGGCAGGGAGGGAGCGGGGAGGGAGGGGGCGGCGGCGAGGGAGGGGCAGGACGCAAGGUAAGCUUGGUGAUACGUGUCGUGUAUGAGCUAUGGCACUAUUGGCUUGGGAGUAGGAAGAGGUGGUGUCGCGUGAGGGGCAUGGUUGGAGGGGCGUAGGAGCAGGCAGAGGAGGUUGAGUAUUAGCUUUAAGACUAUUAGGUUAAGCCUCUGGAGGAGAGGCUGGUUAGGUUGCAAGAGGCGCCCGAGGGGGGGGAGCUUGGGUUGAUGAGGGUAAGACAUGGAAGGCUGGUUGUGCUUGUAUUUGCAACGCGGUGGGAGAUGCGGUUAGGUGACGCGGAAACAAGCUUGGGCAUUUCUGCUAUGGCGUUUUUGUUAAGGCUUUGCCGUGGACACCGCUUUUCCCCGGAUAAAACUGACUCGUCUGCGGCGACAUAUGGGUGCCGUCGCGUAUGGCUGCAACAUCCGCCUCCCUUUGCUGUAGCCUCUGUCGUAAGAGGUGGAAACUUGUCCGCGGCAGCGGUGGCACUGCCCGAACCAUGCUCCUAUUUGGCAACCUCGCAAAGCGUACAUGAUAAGAGUUUUUCGUGAUUUUCUGCUACGGUAAGAAGCCUUGGGACUUGGCUUGAAUGGGCGUUUCCUUGCUGCUGUGUCCUCUAGCGGGCCCGUGCCUAGCGCACUCCGCUAGCAACCUAUCGUCCCUCGCGAUCGCCUGUUGGGCGUGUUGUAAGACUUGUCGGCCGAAGCGGGGUUGCAUGGAUGGGUGGAAGUGGGGGGUUCGGCCAGAGUGGUCCUUCCUGUGUCCUAUUACGGCCUUGACACCUCACGUGAGCCCUGGACCCUGGACCCUAUUCAAAGGCUGACUGCCAAACCCGGCAAAGUCGCAAAGCAUGUUUUUUUGCGGACCACUCUGGCCGCAGAAGUGCAGCGGCAGGUGUGGUGGAGGUGCGCAUGUGGGUUGCAGCAGCGCGGCUGGGGGACCAUCGUGGUAUGAGUUGUCCAGGGACGUACAGUCGGUUUGCUGAUCUCAGAUUCCCGUCCUAAUGUCCAUUUCCCCG